ACUUCAGUUUACGAUCGAGUUGAUAGGGAAGGGUGACGUUCAAGUUGCUGCAGUUCUUCUUUCUUUAUUAAACUUCAAAAGGAAAAGAAACAGGCGUCGAAGGACCUACGCAAUAGCUUUUAUAAUUGUUUUAUUUUAACGCAUAGACUACGGUGGCAAACCGUCGAGUAGCAAUUCGGAUAUGUCUACACUGUUUUCGUUCGCGCACCCUGCUGUUAAGAGAAUACUUGGUUGGAAGCAAGGCGACGAGGAGGAAAAGUGGGCUGAAAUUGCAAUUUCGUACCUUGCUAGAAGGCUCAAGAAGAAGAAAGGUGCCAUGGAGGAGCUUGAGAAAGCGCUUUCCAAUCCGAAUCAACCAUCACAAUGCGUAACUCUCCCUCGAGGCACCGAUGGACGAAUUCAAGUUCGUCAUAAGAAAGGACUACCCCAUGUUAUUUACUGCCGUGUUUGGCGAUGGCCCGAUCUCCAGAGUCCUCACGAAUUAAAGGCACUGGAUUGUUGCGAAUAUGGUUUUGGGUUGAAAAAGAAAGAAGUUUGUAUCAAUCCUUUCCAUUACAGUCGAGUGGAGACUCCAGUUUUACCUCCAGUGUUGGUGCCACGGCAAAGUGAAUACCCAAAACCUCCACCACCUUUACCACCCUCAUUUCAAAGUGCAGCUGAGCCUCCAUUGCCAUACAAUGCUUGUUUCCCAUUCAAACAACAAGCGCAAAGGCCCGAGGGCAGAACGAACAUGUAUGUGGCAGAGUCACCAAAAAGUUAUAUAUCUGAGGAUGCAGAAUCCCCAUGUCCCACGGACCCAAAUACUAUGGAUGUGGAUGUUGUUGGAUCUCUGCCAACAAUGGUGAACCAACCAUAUUUAUCUCAUGUUACUCCAGUGAGCUAUCAAGAACCAAUAUCGUGGUGUUCUAUCUCAUACUAUGAGCUGAACAAUAGAGUUGGAGAUCAGUUCCAUGCAUAUCGUAACAGUAUUAUGGUGGAUGGAUUCACAGAUCCAAACACCAGAAACUCGGAAAGAUUCUGUUUAGGUCUGUUAACCAAUGUCAGUCGUAACUCAACCAUUGAGAGCACAAGACGACAUAUUGGAAAAGGUGUACAUCUGUACUAUGUGGGUGGAGAGGUUUUUGCUGAAUGCCUCAGUGACUCUGCCAUCUUUGUGCAAAGUAGAAAUUGUAACAACAGCCAUGGUUUUCACCCUACAACAGUGUGUAAGAUUCCAUCAGGCUGUACCUUGAAAAUUUUCAACAACCAAGAGUUUGCUCAGCUGCUUUCUCAGUCUGUUAAUUAUGAUUUUAAGGCUGUGUACGAUUUGGUAAAAAUGUGUUCUAUUCGCCUGAGUUUUGUCAAAGGCUGGGGGGCCGAGUAUCACCGCCAAGAUGUUACAAGUACACCAUGCUGGAUUGAAAUUCAUCUGCGAGGUCCUCUGCAGUGGCUUGACAAGGUGCUGACUCAGAUGAAUACAGAAGGAAUGAAUUCAACAAACUCAUUUGAUUAAUCACUACAUAAUCUUAUAUUUUGUUUAACCUCUAACUCCCAGAAGUGAUCCACAUGAAACUUCUCCUUAUAAUCUCUGUAAAUUAUCCAGCAAACAGGUAAUGAGGGUACUCAAGCUUAUCAAGUAGAACUUUUCCUGAUCUAACACCAAAUCCUUGUAACUAAUUAAUAAGGAAAUGUGUAGAGGCUAGAGGAGAGAAAUAACAAUCAGAUCCUGGGAGUUAAGGGGGAAAUAUGUAUGCACCGGUAUGAAUGAAGUUUUGGUUUUUAAAACUAUCCCUGAUUCUAACGAAAUUCUUCUACCCCUCCCCCCCUUUUCCACUGCGGACAUAGUUGGGUCGUGUAGCUUCCCCUUUUGUAAAUGUCUGCCUGCUUGAGUGGUGUAUUCUUUUCCAAUCAGAUAUGUUGACAAUCAAAGUUCUUUUCUUUGUUUCUGGUCAGACAUGUGGGAAGUUUGAGAAUGCUGAGUUCUUUAACAGUAGCUGAAGAUAGCUCAUAUUGAGUAUAUCAAUAGGAAAGGAGUGUUUGCUUUUGAUUAUGCUUGCAACUAUUUGUUAGUAAGAAGUAAUUACUAUAGGGUGGGUAUGGAUGUUUCCUGGUUAAAAAAAAAAUAAAGUAAUUCUGUACUUGAGCAAAGUGGCCCACCAAGCCGGAGCUUAUCCAAGUUUAAAUAGCAUUAAGUUCAAUUCAAUCAAAGUUUAUUGUCUAACGUGAGGCAUGGUUGCCCAAUUGCCCGAGCCAGAGGCUCAUGUAUAAAACGGUAGUAUCACCAGGAGUAUCACCACUUUCCCCUGGUGGGAAUGCUAGUCCAUAUCAAGGUAUCCCACUAGCAUUUCAUUGGGUCUCCCUGGCAAUUUGGCAGGACCCAUGUACAUUCCUGGGUGGAGAGAGGCACUGUGAGUGUAAAGUGUUUUGCCCAAGAACACAACACAAUGACUCGGCCAGGACCUCUCAAACUCCAGUCCAGUGAACUUUUAACCAUCCGGCACAGAUGUUUUCUUGAGCAACAUAUUAUUUUGAUCUUAUAUCGAAAAAAAAAAAAAAAA